AUGAAGUUCUUCCAAUUCCUUCUUCUCUCGGCUGUCUGCUUGGCACUUCUUGAUGCGAGACGGAGCCGUCACCGUCAACAUCGUCGUCAGCUAGGUGAGGAGGAUGGUGGUAAUGGGCUUGAACGAUCCGGACAAAGAAAGUCAGGUGGUGGUGGUGCAGAACAGAAAUCUCAAAUUUCUGGAGCCCAGGCUGCUCCAGGAGGCGGAGCUCCCGGUGCGGACGCCGGUGCAAUCCUCGGAGGUGUCAGUGGAGUCAUAUCGGGUGCCGGGAGUGUUGCAGGAGCAGCUGGCGCGCCUUCGGCAGCGCCAGCAGACGCUGGGGCCGUUCUCGGAGGUGUCAGUAGUCUUAUUUCGAGUGUUGGUGGUGUGGUCAGUGCGGCCGUUCCAGCUGCGAAGGCCUAA